GAUAAGGGAUUUGACGGUGUUGAAUUGCAAACUUGGCGCUCAAAUCUUGUAAAUAAAAUAAUGAAGACUACAAAUAGUAGAACACGUGCGACAUGCCAGAAAGUCACAGAGACAGCAGCACUCAUUCUUACAUGGAUUUCUUUAGGUAUGUAUCUCGAGAUAUUCGGACCAACUCUCAAAGACCUUAUACUUCGGCUGGAUAGCAACUACGAACAAUUAGCCUUUGCUAUUUCUGGAAGGACUUUCGGUUGGAUCUUAGGUUCCAUACUCGGUGGCUUUCUUGUGGACAGAUUCCAACUUUACAGGCAUUUGAUUAUUACCAUAGCGCUGGCGACUGCCGCCAUAGCAACGGUUGCGAUACCAUGGUUACCAAGCAUCACGACCAUGUGGAUAUUCUGUUUUAUUGGAGGUGUCUGUGAACAAGUUGUAAACAUAGCUGGUACAAGUGUCACGCUAAGCAUAUGGAUGGAGCAUGCGGCGUCUUCCUUGAUCUUGUUGCACAUGGGAUAUGGUAUUGGUUCAUUUAUUGUUCCCCUAUACUCAUACCCUUUCCUUGCAAAAAGGGCACCUCUCGUAUCAAAUCAAUCCAAACCAUCUGUAGAAAUGAUUAAUGUUUAUUCUAACCACACAGAAAUCCAUGGUAACAUAUUAUCUAUAAAUUUGUCGUCCGUGUGGAGCAACACCGUUUCCGCUUUGUCAUAUGAAAAUGAAACAAAAUUAUUUCUUGAUGAAGACCAUCUUAAACAUGAAUAUAGUGAACUGGCUGUACGUAACAAGUCAACAGGUGGUGCUGCUAAUGAUGCUGACUUCAUAGUUAUGGAAGAAUCAAGGAUAGAAUAUGCAUAUGGCAUUGCUGCGAUCUGUCUUGCCUUGUGUUCAGCAGCUUUCCUGUUCUAUCAAAUAACUAAAAUCAAGUAUUCUAGAAGAGAACGUCAGUCCAGGGCACUGGCUUUAACAUCGUUUAGUCGUGACGCAAGGGCCUCCCGGAAAAUAGAAAGUAACAAAACUUCGUUUUUGCAAAUGAUAAACCCUGCAACGUGUGCCGAAGGUAGACUGUGGUACGGCUUGAAGAUUUUUAUUUUCAUUUUCGUCUUCAUGGGAAAUCUAGGAGGUUGUGAACGAAUGAUUGGUAGUUUUAUUAGAAGUUUUGCUAUUGAUCAAUUGAAUUUCUCCAGUGUGGAUGCUUCGCUUCUAAAUACUUCCUUCUGGAUAAGUUUUUCAGUUGGAAGACUUUUAUUCGCUAUUGCCGCCAAAUGGAUAUCAGUCCGCGUUUUAAUUAUAGUUGAAACACUUGGCGUCGCAUUAACCGGUGUCUUCUUGAAUAUUUUUGCUGCCAAUAAUUCAACCGCACUUUGGGUGCUAAUGCAGCCCGUUGGCUUUCUUGGUGCUCCUUUGUGGCCAACUGGAGUUGCAUUUACGGACUAUCACGUGAAACUUACAGGCGUAGGCAUGACAGUACAAAUUCUUGGAGCUUCAGUCGGCGGUAUUGUGCAUCUACGGCUGAUUGGAUAUCUUUAUGAAACUUUCGGACCACGUACUUUCCUGUAUCAGUUGGUAGGAUCGGGGUGUUUUGGACUAUUGAUAGCCAUAGCUCUUGAUUUUGUUGGAGCAAAACAUGGUAAUAGGUUCGAGGCUAAAAACGGUGGAACAGAAACAUCUAAAUGCGAAAGUGAUUUAUUCAUGUCAGACGAUAUGAGGGAUUAAACAUAAAUUUAGGAUUAUUAAUGGAGCAGAAUACAUGUAAAUGUUUUGAAAAAGAUACGGAUCGUACUAUAUGUCUUAUAGAAUACUAAAGUUCUCGGGUUGAUUACAAAAACAAUGAAUUGUCUCAAUAUGACUAUCGUUUGAUGUAUCCUAAAAUCAGAAAGUUACACCAAUUUACAACCUGUAUGCUGUAUCAAUUAUCCAGUACAUUAUACCUUAUGUUGAUAUACCACCUAGUUAUGUUUCAGAGCAAACAUAUCUGAUUUUCAUCCGAUUCCAUUACCGCUUAGCAAAAACUUUUGCAAUGAUACUGUAUACAUACAAAAUAUUUCGUACAUGUCUACUGUAGAAUA